GAAGGUUCGGGGGAAUGCUUUGUCUGUCUUGUUGCUGAAUGUAGUUUUUUCCAAUGACCACACGAGGACAUCGUAGACCAUCACAUUUUGAUGCUCUGUUGGUUGUUCGAGGCUCCUCCCAGAUUCAGAGGAUGAUGAUGAUGUUUCUCGAGGCUUUGUUACAAAGAGAAGCAGGGAGAGAAUGUUGUGUGCGGCAGUCGUUUUGCCUCUUUCUCGUUAAAAGCAAGUCAUUUGGAUUCUGUUUCAUCACGUUCACUUCGAUUUAAAAUACGGGAUUUUGGAGACAACAGUCCAUAUGCUGUGUUCAUGCUGGACAAAAUUAUGUCGACGCGGAGGACACGCAGUGCUGUUGGGAUUUAUAUAGUCGUUGUUCUUUUGGAUUUCUGCUGGGAAGCGGUGUCUGGACAGCUCUCUUACUCUGUAUCGGAGGAGGUAAACCCGGGAACUCCUGUGGGAAAUCUCGCUAAAGAUCUAAAUCUGAACGUGUAUGAUUUGGAGGCACGUAUGUUUCAGAUUGUGAGCGGAUCAAAGAGAAAAUAUUUCGACAUAAAUCUAAAAACGGGCAGUCUUUAUGUCAAUGAAAGAAUCGACCGUGAGGAGCUUUGUGCAAAGGCUAAAAAAUGUACUGUCAAUGUAGAAGCCGUGAUCAAUGAUCCACUGAAGCUUUAUCGUUUAGAGAUAAAUAUCGUGGAUAUAAAUGAUAAUGCACCGUAUUUUCCUGAGAAUUUGCAGUCUCUUAACAUUGCAGAAAGUACUGUGCCAGGGGGGAAAUUUGGAUUUAUCGGGGCAUCGGAUCUCGAUGUUGGGAAAAAUGACGUUAGUACAUACAAGCUCAGUCCAAAUAACUAUUUUUCUAUAGAUGUUCACAAAGGAGGGGAUAGUAUUUCAGCCGAGCUUGUGCUUCAGAAAGCUUUAGACCGAGAAAAACAGGCGACAAUAAAACUUACAGUGACUGCUGUCGAUGGAGGAAAUCCACCCAAGUCAGGCACAUCACAAAUUGUUGUUAAUGUCUUAGACAAUAAUGAUAACGCUCCGAUUUUCACUAGUUCUUUAUACAAGGCACGUAUAUCUGAGAACUUAGCAGUGGGUAGCACCGUUAUAAUUUUGAAUGCAACUGACGCAGACGAUGGGAUAAAUGCUGAAAUAGAUUAUUCAUUGAGAAGUAAAGGUCAAGACCACGUUCUCAAUCAGUUUAAAAUUGAUUCAAGAAAUGGUGCAAUUUUAGUGAAAGGAAAAAUAGACUAUGAAGAGAAUCCUGCGUUUGAGAUUCAUGCUCAGGCCAGUGACAAAGGCCAGCCUCCAAUGUCUGCUCAUUGUAAAGUGCUGGUAGAAGUGGUGGACCUGAACGACAACGCUCCUGAGAUUACAGUGACGUCACUACUGAACACGGUUAAGGAGGACGCACAAGUAGGUACAGCUAUUGCACUUGUCUCUGUGCUGGACAAAGAUGGAGGAAAAAACGGGGCAGUUAAAGCUGCUAUUGCAAAUGAGACCCCGUUCAAAUUGGACACUAAUUAUAAAAAUUAUUAUUCCUUAAUAGUUGACGGUCCGCUUGACAGAGAGACUAUAGCUGACUACAAUGUUACGAUAGUAGCAACAGAUGAAGGGACUCCACCUCUCUCCACCACUAGCAUAGUUAAUGUUCAUGUUUCUGAUGUCAAUGACAACCCGCCUCGUUUCUCAGAGCAGCUACUUAAUGUUUAUGUGAAAGAGAACAGUCCAGUAGGAGCCGUGAUAAAAACUGUGACUGCAGUUGAUGCUGAUAUCGAUCAAAAUGGUCAGGUCAGCUACUCGUUUUUACAGAUUAACAGUGACUCACUACCGUUAUCCACUAUGGUUAAUAUCAACACAGAGACUGGAGAUAUAAUCAGUCUGCAGUCUUUUAACUAUGAGGAGUUAAAGACAUUCCAGUUCAAAGUUCAAGCCGCAGAUUCUGGUAUUCCUCCACUCAGCAGCAACGUGACUGUUAAUGUUUUAAUUCUCGAUGAAAAUGAUAAUAAUCCAACAAUUCUUGCACCUUAUUCAGAGCACGGCUCCAUCAACAGUGAGAGCAUCCCAUAUUCUGCUGAAGCAGGAUAUUUUGUGGCAAAGAUCAGGGCUGUAGAUGCAGACUCUGGAUACAAUGCACUGCUGACUUAUCAUCUGUCUGAGCCAAAAGGAAACAACCUGUUCAGGAUCGGAACCAGCACCGGAGAAAUCAGGACUAAGAGGAGAAUGAGUGACAAUGACCUCAAAACUCACCCCUUGGUGGUGCUGGUCUCUGAUAAUGGAGAACCCUCCCUGUCAGCUACUGUGUCUAUUGAGGUGGUGGUUGUUGAAAGCACCGCUGACAUCCACACUCAGUUCAGACAUGUGCCCAUAAAGGAGGACAGCUUCUCUGAUUUGAACCUCUAUCUGCUCAUCGCCAUUGUGGCGGUGUCAGUGAUCUUUCUGCUCAGCCUCAUCAGUCUAAUAGCUGUCAGAUGCCACAGGACAGACGGCAAUUUCAGCAGGUACAGCGCCCCAAUGAUCGCCACCCACCCUGACGGGAGCUGGUCUUACUCCAAAGCUACUCAGCAGUAUGACGUGUGUUUCAGCUCAGACACGCUCAAGAGUGACGUGGUGGUUUUCCCCGCACCGUUUCCACCUGUAGAUGCUGAACUGAUCAGUAUUAACGGAGGAGACACUUUUACCAGGACUCAGACUUUACCCAACAAAGAAAAGGUAAGGAAAUACAGUUAAACAACAUCGUGCAUUGUAAAUCGUAUUUUUAUGGGCUUUGUACUUCAACGGAAACGAAAAAUAAUUUAGAGCUCUCGUUUGAGUCCAUUUUUCUAUCAAAUAUGAGUUAAACUGCGUAUUUGGCCAUGGUUUGGUCACUUCAAUGAUUGCCUAUUCGUCGUAAUGUGCCGGGGACUGUCCUUACCGCUGAAUACGUCUGA